AUGCAAAAUCAAAUUAACAAUUUCUUGGAAACUGCCAGAGAAUGUAGGAUAAAUGCUACAUCAGUUAUUUAUCUUGGGCUAAAAGAAAACCAAUGGAUUCCAAAAGACGAAUUAAGAACAAUUAUAGAUAAAGCUGUAAUUUUUGGCCAAAGUAAAUAUGCGAAAGGCACAUCUCAUUACUUAAGAAUUUCAAAAAUUCCUUCACAGUUUGAUAGUGCUUUCGAAGGUGUAUGUUCCUUAUUUGAUAUGGGGGCAAUUAAAACAGAUAAAGAACAACCGUUUGGUUCAAAACAGAUUCAAAACAAUAUUGAGAAGUUGAAAAGGAAACUCGGAAAAAAUACCACUAGUCUUUAUCAACAUUUACUCUUGAAGGUAAAUGAAACUCCUGUUCAAGAAUUAACUUGGAAAGAUUCUUUGGCUAGUCAAAUUUUUAGAGAUAAUGCCCCAAUUAUAGACGAUUUAUGUAAAAACCAAAAAACAAAAGGCCUACACAAAGCAUUUAUGAAACCAGUCAGAGAAAUAAAGUCUACACUUCUGUUAAGUGUUAAAAAUAGGUGUAAAGAAUUUGUAUCAAGCUUUUCUGACCAUAAUUAUAGCAGAUUUUCAAGCAAGUUUAUUCAUAAUAAGACAUGGAAAGAAUCUGAAAAGGAAAUUUUAUUAGUCAAUAAUCCAGCUCUUAACUCUAAAACGGCUAGAGCAUUAAAUGAGGGAACUUAUCACACGUCAGAAAGAGAAAGUCUUGUUAGUGCAGAUAGAAAAAGAGACGGUCAAACAGAAAGAUGUCCUGAUAUCAUGUUUAUGUUGAAUGAUGAUAUUAAGUUAUGGAGAGAAUGUAAUGAUGGUAUGUAUUAUACACGAAAAUUUCUUAAUCCAGAAAAAAGCCAAUUUGGAAUCGUUGGAAUACAAAUAGCAGGAGAUACUUUACAUCUGAAUGUUCUUAUCAGGGAUACAACGAAUAUUCAUAAAUAUUAUAAUAUAGAAAUGGUAAAAAUCCCUGUGCAAAAGUCAGAUAAGACCAUCGUAAUUAAAUUUGUAGAAAAUCUUCUCUUUUUACGUAACAUAUUAAUUACAAAUUUGUCUUUACUAUAUCAUGGAUCAGUGUGUAUAUCUGAAAGGCAAAAGGAAGGCAGUACGACUAUAGAUUCUGAAUAA